AUGCUCCAAAGUUCUGGAGAGGGCGUGGCGAAGAUGAACGCCACUUCCAAUUCUCUCCCUAGCGUGGCGUGGGUGGUUCGGGGCUUUGAAGUGCGUGAAACGAGGGCGAAGAAAUACUACCCAGAAUUUCAUUGUCUGGGGGUCUCGGCUACUAGUAGGAGGGAAUCAAUGGUCUUGAGUUUUGCGCUGGGCAAGAAGAAGCCCGACAGUCUUGAUAAGACUGCCGGUGGGGCGAGAGGUUAUGUUGCAGUCGCCGGUCCGCGGGGUCUACCUGUCUGCUUUCUGCCCUUUGGGGCCGCCCUCGAUAAGCCUUUUGAGGAGGGGGAGUUCGAGGCUCGGGUUCACGGCCAAUAUGAUCUGGGGAACCAGAAUCCAACGUUAUCCUCCUGGGGGGUGUCGGGACUCUCACAGCUCCCACAUGAUGGAGAGACAUGCGAUCUGAGUAUCGGGUGUGGCGGGGUCUGUGGCGGCGGUGCUCUGAAAUCGACGAAAUAUGUGCUCGUUGCUGCCGUCCUCGUUGGUCCUUUGGGUGUGUUUUGGUGGGCGUUUGAUGUGGGUGGUGGUGGUUGUGCGUGGAUGUAUAGUGGAGGGGGGGUAUAUAGAAUUUUAAAACUUUACUACAAUUUGGGUCUUUUCGUUUACUUUAGCAAGGUGCUUUGUUUUGGUGAUGUGAACUUGUAG